GGCGGAGUGGGGCUCAGCACCGCCUUCCUACCUCCUCCUCCUCCUCCCCUUCCUCCUCCUCCUGCUGUCCCGCCAUGGCGGCCCCCGCGGAGCUCGGCGGGCUGUCGGACGAGGCGGCGUACGGCGCCUGCUCGGAGCCGGAUGCCAGCACCAAGGAUUUCAUGUUUCAGCAGACAAUGUUAAGAGUAAAGGAUCCUAAGAAGUCAUUGGAUUUUUAUACAAGGAUACUUGGAAUGACACUGCUUCAAAAAUUUGACUUUCCUACUAUGAAGUUCUCACUCUAUUUCCUGGGGUAUGAAGAUAAAAACGAUAUCCCGAAAGAGAAAGCUGAGAGAACACCUUGGACCUUCUCUAGAAAAGCUACACUUGAACUGACACACAACUGGGGCACUGAAAAUGAUGACAGUCAGUCUUAUCACAAUGGCAAUUCAGAUCCUCGAGGAUUUGGACACAUUGGAAUUGCUGUUCCUGAUGUCUAUAAAGCUUGUAAGAGGUUUGAAGAGCUAGGAGUGAAAUUUGUGAAGAAACCAGAUGAUGGUAAAAUGAAAGGGCUUGCAUUUGUUCAGGAUCCUGAUGGCUACUGGAUUGAAAUAUUGAAUCCUAACCACAUGGUGACUCUCACUUAAUUCUAGUGAAGUAUAUUGUAUAUAAUAGAGGCCUACUUUCAGACUCUUGGAGAAAUCUGUAACAGUGUUUGUGAAAUUGCUUAAUAGAGAGGAAUCAGUCACAUUCAGAAUUUCCUUCAAAACUGUCCCCUGGGACCUCACUUGGAUUCCCUUUUGUUGUCCUGCAAUGCCACUGUAAAUUGUUUCCAGUUAGGAAUACUCAAUCAUUUUCUAAAAGAGCACUUACACAGAUUCUCCUCUUGAACAUUCAUUGUGUUAAUAUUUCAGUAAACACUGUCAAAAGAUACAUGACCAGAAAUUCACUGCAUUUCACACUGAUUAGAUUCAAACUAACAAAAACAACAAAUCUGUGUUACUACUGAUGAGCAUCAAGGAGGAGCCAAAAAGAAGCUUCAGUAUAUUUUUUUAUAAUGUCAGAAGACCCUGAAGACUUCAUGCCCUAUCUUGUAUACUAGAAAAUAAAAUGUCAGGCUAAUUUUGACUGGAGUAGUAGCGUGCUUAUAAAAGUCAUAAUCUUACUUACAGUAUUCCAGGCAAAACUUUUUUAAGGAGCAGUCUUAAACAAUCUUGCAAAAAGAAAUUUUAUAGAGGCAAUAAAUCUGUACAGCAGAAAAAAUGCAGUCUUUCAGCUCAGCUUCUGACUGCUAAUUGACAGCCAAGAGAAGAAGUCUCAGUUGCUAACCCAUUAGGGAUCCUUGUCUCUUUCAACACUAGGAAGAACUUGCUCCAAGUUUUUGUUUCAGUAGAAUCCUGGGGCUGUAUUUGACUUAAAUGCUCUGUAUAUUCUGCCUUAGGAAAUUAUGGAAAAAGAGUAUCUGAAACAACAGUUUCCUACUACUAAGGCAUUUGAUAUGCCUUCCCAAAACAAGUGAUGGUACAUUCCUGUGAGCAACAGGAAAACAUGUAGCAUUUCCAUGUGUUCCACAAAUUACUUGAUUUUAUGCAGUUUCAUCUGUUAUAAACACUGUAAAUGAUGAGAAGUUUGAAAUAUUUUUUUUUUUUCUUCCAACAAGGAAAGAAAGACCCUUUGCCUUGUCUUACUCUGGUUCAAGUAGCACCUAACUUCUUCAGUUAUGUGGCUAUCAAAUAAUGUGUAAUUGUAACCAAAGGCUAACAAAUAGUAUAAUUGCAGUUCACUUCUCAAUAAAGCAUUGGUGAAAACUACAAAAAAGCACCAUGA